UAACUGUCACUGUCAAAAAAUAUUUAUUCUGCGGAGUGAAUUUACUAAUUGGACUACAAGAGAAAUUACGUUCGUUACAUUAUGCUAAUUAUAGUUUUGUUGUAAUUAGUUCGAUCCAUACCGUGCAUCCCAUGUAAAUGAUUACGUUUGUGUUAAAAGGAAGCAAAAGGAAGUGCUUUCUCUGUCGACCAUAUAUCGAUAAGGAAUUAUGGUGGUUCGACGACCCGCAUAACAAAAAAAGUGUGUGAUAUUUAAGUAACUGCGGCAAUUUACAUAACAAAAACGAAAUGUGAUAAAUACACAAAAAGCUGGAAAAAAAUGUGAAUAAAUUUCAGUUAAUCAACGUUAUGCGAGAGUUGCGAAAGAAAUGAAACGAGAUGUGUGCUACAAAACAUUAGGACAAAACUGAUAAAGCGAAAGGAAAGAAAAAAUUUAGAUUUAUAAUGCGAUUGGUGUUUAUGUGCUCAGUCAAAUCGGUUCUCGUUUUGUUUUUGUUAAUUUCCAUCGGUUCGGGAUCAGAAAAUCGCCAAACUUACAAUGAAACCGCCGAAUCGAACAGUGACUGUUGCAAUUCAACAACACAUCGAAUUGAAGUUGGAUUCACCACCCAGAUUAUCCAAAAUGAGUACAUCGUAGCGUUCAAUGGAUACCAUAAGGCGGCCGUUCGGGAAAAUUAUCUCAAAUCAGCCCUGAACGGCUCGAGUAUCGUGAAUUGGAAAGUGCUACCGCGUAUCAAUCCAGCAAGUGACUAUCCCAGUGACUUUGACGUUGUUUUGUUGGAAGAAACUGAACCAAACACCGGAUUGGUCUUGCUGAAGAAACAUUUUUCCGUAAAGAGCGUCACACCUCAUCGUAUGGUUCAUCGGACUCUUAAAUAUGUUCCAAUAUCCAAAGAUGAAGAAGUGUCUGACACCCAACCGGAAGAUGUUGACGACUUUGAGGCGGAGAAACUGCUACAGGACCUGAAAGCUAAACUAAAUCCGAAAGCUGACGAUGAUUCAGACGACGAAAUAUUAUCCACAGACUGUACUGGAACCAAUUGCCGCGUCAGCCACUUCCGAAGAGGUCUAGCAGAAACCGAAAAUGAUCCCAGUGUGAACAGCACAAAGGAAAAUAGUUACCAGCAAUCGCCUGGUCGACAUACGAAUCGUCGAUUAUUGCGAGCGAUUCCACGUCAAAUUACAUCAAUGCUGAAAGCAGACGGAUUGUGGGGAAUCGGCGUUACUGGCAAGGGUAUCAAAGUCGCAGUAUUUGACACCGGUCUGGCUAAAAAUCAUCCUCAUUUCAAAAGAGUCAAAGAGCGCACGAAUUGGACUAACGAAAAAUCUCUGGACGAUGGUGUAAGCCAUGGAACAUUUGUGGCUGGUGUUAUCGGAUCAUCCAAGGAAUGUCUUGGAUUUGCUCCGGACGCUGAGCUUCACAUUUAUCGCGUGUUUACGAACAAUCAAGUUUCGUAUACGUCGUGGUUUCUGGAUGCCUUCAACUACGCCAUUUUGAAGAAAAUUCAUGUGCUUAAUCUGAGCAUUGGUGGCCCGGAUUUUUUAGAUCAUCCGUUCGUCGAUAAAGUCCUAGAAUUGACAGCCAACAAAGUCAUAAUGAUCUCUGCCAUUGGAAACGACGGUCCAUUGUACGGUACGCUGAACAAUCCAGGCGAUCAAAGUGAUGUUAUUGGUGUCGGUGGAAUGAAUUUCGAAGAAACCAUCGCCAAAUUCAGUUCCAGAGGGAUGACAACGUGGGAAUUGCCGAAUGGCUACGGUCGUUUGAAACCAGACAUUGUAACGUAUGGCAGUCAAGUGAAAGGAAGUAAUGUCAAAGGAGGCUGCCGAUCAUUGUCUGGUACAUCAGUUGCAUCCCCAGUUGUAGCUGGUGCAGUGACACUAAUAGCUAGUGGUGCUAUAGACAAAAUUGACCUAAUCAAUCCGUCAUCAAUGAAACAGGCGCUGAUUGAGGGAGCAACGCGACUAAGCGAAAACAAUAUGUUCGAACAAGGACAUGGAAAAUUGAACAUUUUGAAAAGCAUGAGAAUCCUGUUCGAAUACGUUCCGAAGGUGACGCUGAGUCCGUCGUAUUUAGAUUUUACGGAAGAUUAUAUGUGGCCAUAUAACACGCAAUCAUUGUAUUACACAAGCACACCGGUCAUCGCGAACGUAACCAUUUUAAAUGGAAUGGGUGUGACUGGCAAAUUGGUGAAUACUCCUACUUGGCAUCCAUACACAACACAGCAUGGCAAUUUGCUGAACAUUUCGAUCACAUACGGUGAAGUAUUAUGGCCUUGGUCGGGUUGGAUGGGAAUUCAUAUUUCUGUCAAUGAAAAUGGUGAAACAUUCGAGGGACUGGCUCAAGGUCACAUAACUCUAACAGUCCAAAGUCCUCCAGGUCCGAACGAAUCCGAACCACGUAACAGCACUGCUAGCUUUCCGAUUCGUGUCAAAAUAAUAGCCAGACCGCCGCGUCACAAACGAAUUCUGUGGGAUCAAUUUCACAGUCUUCGAUAUCCACCGGGAUAUUUGCCCAGAGACAAUCUAAAAAUCAAAUCGGAUCCGCUGGAUUGGCGAGCCGAUCAUAUACACACGAAUUUUAAGGACAUGUACACGCACUUGCGUAAUGCUGGCUACUAUGUUGAAGUAUUGGGUAGUCCAUACACGUGUUUUAAUGCAUCAUUGUAUGGGACGUUGUUGGUUGUGGAUCCGGAAGAUGAAUUCUUUCCGGAAGAGAUCGCCAAAAUCAAAAACGACAUUUUGGAGCACGAAUUGAGUGUGAUUGUGUUUGCCGAUUGGUACAACACCAGUGUGAUGAGGAAGAUCAAAUUCUAUGACGAGAACACGAGGCAAUGGUGGAUGCCUGAGACCGGCGGCUCAAAUGUACCAGCACUAAACGAACUGUUACGUGAAUUCGGUAUUGCGCUAGGCGAAUCUGUCUUGGAGGGAUAUUUUGACAUGGGUUCGCAUGGUAUGUACUACGCAAGUGGCACCUCAUUAAUUCGGUUCCCGAAAAUUGAUGGUGCAAUUAUUAUCGAACGCGAUCUGCACGAUCAAGGCCUUGAACUGUUGCAGAGUUCGGAUAAAUCAAAGGCCAAGGAGCGUUAUCCAAUACUUGGGAUGCUGCAAACCAACAAAUCAUUGCUGAACAGUCACAAUUUUGUCGAGUCAAGUUUUGACCCGAGCAACGAACACCUUAGUGACACCUACAAAGACCUGGAAUCCAAUCACAUCGAGAAGAAUCCCAUAAUCAACAAACGAAUUUUGCUCAAUGACAAUGGUGACACAAACGAAAAUCUUCUGAGAUUCGAUAUACCCGACGAAAAUGUCGCGGCUGAGGAGGAUGAAAAUUUCGUGCAUCAACCGCAGUUUUUGAACAGUGAAGAACUGAAGCGGGUCAAUAAUUCCGAGCAAAUUGACUUGACUGACGGUGUUCUGUUUUCGGCCGCCGCUGCCAAGAAGAAAGAACAUUUGAAUGCCAAACGGAGACAGAAAGAAGGUCGAAUCGUUGUGUACGGUGACUCAAACUGUUUGGACUCAACACAUUUAGAAAAACCGUGUUUCUGGCUAUUGGAUGCUAUGCUUGAGUUUACCAUGACCUCACAUGUUUCUGGAUUGUUAAGCGAUUUGAAUCGAGCCAGCAAAAUUCAUUUCAGAGAUGACGUACCACUACCAUCACGAUUGCCCAACAACAAUCUUCAUCUGUAUUCCAAAGUGCUGGACAAUCAGAACGGCAAUAAAAAGCGGCCCGUUCCGAUGUGUCCGGUGCACAAUUGGGAACAGCCAGUAUUUCUGAACAUUACCGCGCCCGUUGAUUUACAGUAUCAAAGUAGGUUCGACGAUCCGGAGAACGGUGUCCCGUUGGGACGCAAACUCGAAAGUCAAAAAGGUGAGCAAUACUAAAUGCCGACGAACAGAUAACCUUGCCGAUCAACAAUUGGCGUGGCAAUCAGAAACCAAUCGACACAUUUUACAUGGACAACGAUUCGCUACCGAAAAACGAUCAGGUCUCACUUCUAUCCAUUGUUUGUUUGCUGAUCAUGACCGGCAUUGUUUGCAUUUUAUUUUUGCGCUGGUACCGUCGAACGUCAAGAUCGCGGCGACGAAAUUUCAUUUUUAAUUUUCUGGGAAUCUAAUUUCCAUCCAUUUUGACUUUGGGUGCUGAUCGAUCGGCACUUUUUGAUUGUGAUUUUUAGAAUCGAUUUUUUUGGUUCUUUGUUUGCUUUCUAACGUAACAUUGCCGGAGACUUUAUAUGAUUUGUAACGAUCAAUGGCCGAUGAAUUAUUUUCGGUUUUGAACUGCGGUGAGCCACUGGUUCGUUUUGUUAUACCAUAGCCAAAUUUUAGUCAAUCUAUUUAUCAAAAUAUAACGAAAACUUUGAUUUUGUUUUUAUAAUUUAUUUAAGUGGAUGUGUGUGACACAAUGGGACUUCUUUUUUCGCAAAGAAAGUAAUGUAAAAACGGGUGUGCGUAUUUGUAUGUGUGUUUGGAAGGUAAAUCAAAAAAAAAUUCGUGUGGACAAAUAGCAAAUAAAUUGAAAAUAUAUUUUUAUAUUUAAA